AUGGACCAGCCUCGGUUUGUGUGGACUGGAAGCAAGGAGCAGAUACCGGCGCCCGUCGCUGUGGCCUGCGUGCACCGAGGUGCACCGACAUUGGCCAAUGUCGUGGACGUCGAGGAGCGUGUGACGUCACGUCACCUUCUCAAGGCUCUUCCCUCCGCACCCAUCGCCGCCGGUCAACUUGUGCUCACCACAGACCAGCUCGGUGUGCCCGCCCGUUUUCUGCUCCACCAAAUCCUCGCUGCGUACAUCAAGACCGCUGCCUAUAACAGUCUCAGCACGGGGUCAAAGGCGGUGGUAGUUUCGGUGUCGGAGCCGCUGACGAGAUGGGAGGUCGCGGCGCGGACGGUGAGCGCAGGUCUUUUGUCGUAA